ACUCGAGCAGGGUUUAAAGCUGUUUGUAGCAAAGAGCAGCCAGACUGGUGAUCACUUGCAACCAUGCAGAUGCUGAUUAUCAGUCUCCUGAUUCUAUCAAAUCUUUUUACAGUAAGUUCUAAUUUGUGCCCUUUUUUGAUAUUGGGAUUGUUAUUAGGCUGUUAUGGAACAUUUAUUUUCCCCAUAUUACUUUUCUGUGUUGACUAAUCUCUUAAUGGCCAAUUUAUCAAACCUCAAACUGGGGGACCCAGAGGGACUCCCAGCAGAUCUGUCUUUUUACCCAUUUAUCAACCCUCUACUGCAGUUUUCUAAUGGGAGUUGGUCAUUUCAUUAAACAUUCUCUUUAACACAGUUUGUUACUGGGCCACUGUGAUGUUUUGUUCCUCUUGUCAGUCCCUUGUCUGUUUCCCUUUGCUCAUUAACUGUGUUUCUUUUCAGCUAAAACAAACCAAUCAACCAUUACCUACAAAUAUCAACUAUGAGAAAAGUAUAAACGGGAAUGUAGAACCGACAGUUGCACAAACGGAAGAUUCCCUGAUUGAAGGGCAAGCAGUCCCGAUACCAGCAGAAACCCAGACCUCUGAUGACCGGUUCAUGGACAUCUCUUCUAUAAUCGAGAGAUUCGAUGCAAAGGAAGCCAAGGUACUGAAACUACUGGACUCGGUCUCAGCCACAAUUAAUGACAUCAGAAAAAUUGAAGAGAAGAUAAAGGACACUGAGAGUCGCCCAUCUGACAUCUCUUAUUUAGAGGAAUUGAACAGGAAUAUCUCUAAGGAGGGUACAAUCUCCAAAUACCUCUUCUGGUCAUGUGUAUUUGUAUCGGGUGCUUUGAUGUUCUCCCUGUGUCUGAAUAUAAAGUUGACCAGGAAGAACAAGGCUAUUGCUCGUGCCAAAGAAGCGAGGCCAAGUGUAGCAGCUCAGACUGACUUCCAAACGGAACGUGCACACCCAUUGCUUCAAGACAUGCUGAAGGCGCUGGACGAUAGCGGAGAAAGCGAUGAUGAGUCUGAUUUAGAGGGUGUUGACAUGGAAGAUACCAAGAAACGUAAAAAGAAACGCUUUUGUUUCAAUGUGCGUAAAUAUUUUGGCAAUUGUUUAAAACGGAGAAAUAAGAAGAAAAAGACAAGUGUAAACUUGCACCAUGAGACAUCAAAUGAGAGUGAGGAAUAUCUGAGCGAGAUUUCAGAUGAAACCGAGGAAAGCUAUAAUGUGUAUUCCAGUUCAAGCGAGGAAACAACAGAUUCGACAUCAAUCAAAACUGUGGGAAGCGAUGAGUCCAUAACUGCAUCCCCAGGAAAGAAGAAGAAACGCGGCUUUAACGUUCUGCUUUGCGGUAAAAAAUGUAAAACCCUUGACUCUGAUGACAGAGAAAGUAGCAAGGGCAAAAAGAAAUACAUAGGGCUUAAACUUGGAAAAUAUUUCUGCCGUUAUAAACGAGCAAAGAGGAAGAGAAGAGAGAAGACAAAGAAAUGUUUAUGGCGUUGGUGCCACCAUAAAGCAUCAGGUGAAGAAGAAGAGAGUCCGUACGAGACACCUGAUGAGAGUGAGGAAAGUAGUGAUGAGACUUUGGAUGUAACCGAGUAAAGUUAUGA